GUACAUUGGGUAGUAUGAAGCCAGUAUUGUUUCUGAGCAGUCGAAGUCAAUUGACGGAGCGAAUGCAAGCACAAAAUUUGCUGUUUGUCAUAUUAUUCCUUUGAUAUAAUUUUAAUAUAUUUUUUUUCUCCGUUGAAAUCGUUUUUUAUUCCUUUCUUAUUGACCGAAACCGAAAAAAAACCGAUUCAAUAUUUUGUGUAUGAAGAGCAAAAAAAAAAAUCAGUCGUUUUGUUUUGUUUGAAAUUCCAGUUCAGUUUUCAAUUUUAUUGUAACCGUUCAUCAUCAUCAUACGAGAGAACAACGACGAUAAAGAAAACAACAGAGCGCGAAAAAAAGAAUUCACCAGACGCGCGAAUGAGAUUGAUUGAAUUAAUUUCGAACUGAAGGACUGGACAAGCGGUUUUAUUUAAAAACCGCGUGAGAAUUAACACAGAAUUUCAAGAGAAAAAAAAAGAGCAAAACUCAGAAGAAAAAAAUAUAAACGAACGAACGAAAAACUAGCGGAUUUUUUUGUGUGUUGUUGUUUUCAUGUAGCGCACGGCCGCGUAAAUAUGUAAAACGCGAAAGUUUGUUUUUUUGUGGUGUUUUAAUUGGUAAAGUUUACUUGAAUCCAAGUCAAGUGCUUCUUUUUAUCCAUAAAAACCAAUCGGGGGGGAAAUUAUAAUCGAAACGAGAGUAUCAGUGCGCGAGAAAAACAGUAGCGGCGGCGACGGCGGCAGUAUUCACCAUCAUCAGAGACAGCAAAGCUCGAGAGAGAGAAAGAGAGAGACACGUAAACACCGUGUGCUCUGUGCUCGUCCAAUUUACAUGUGCUAUUCAUUGAACUCACACUUCUGUCAUCAGCUGGAUAAUUGACUCCGGGAGAUAAGCGCGGGAAUGUAAAAAAAAUUGAAAUGGAAGAAGAAAAAAAACCAUCGGUCGAUUAUUUGGUAAAUUAAUUAUGACAAACGAAUGGCUGCGAAAAAGAAACGCAGUAUCAACACAACGAAUUUCACGCAAAAAUCCGUUGCCGAAGACGUACCGUGUGAUUCGAAAAAAAAAUACUCAUUUAACCAUUUAUUCUGAUGAAUCAUUGACUCAUUUUAUAUUUACUCGAAAUUCGACGAAAAUUAUAUUUAAAAAAAAGCCACCACUAACAACAGCCGAAAGAAUUUUUUUUUAUUGACUUUUUACAUCAUCCUUGAGUCAGACACGAAGAACAAAUGCAUCUCAAGGUUAUGUGCUAGCCAUUUUUCAUCGGACAUGGAAAAAAGAAAAAAUUAUGAAGAAAAUCACCAACACAAAAAAGCUGUUUGAAAAAUCGAAGCGACCGCAUUGAUAGAAAGAGAGUGAGAGAAACAAAGAGCAAGAACAUUGUUAACCAAGAUGAAAGCAUUUGCGAUUUUACUGUGUAUGUAUAUGGUGUCGUUGGCCAGUAGUCUGCCGAUAAUUUCAAAGCCGCUGGAAGAUAAUCCCGAUCAUUUAGUAUGGGAGGCAUUGCUCACCAUUGAUACCCAUCGGCCGGAUGAUAAAACGCGCAAAAUCCCCAAAUCCAUAUUCAUCACGCCAAAUUUGAAUGAAUCGAAAGGAAACUGUGCACCUGAUCACAAACUCGGACCGGAUGGACGAUGUUAUAAAACCCUACAAAUUGACCCAUUGCAAAUGUUAAAAAAGCAAAUCGAAUCGCUAUUGAAAAAUAAUCGCACAGCGACCACCGAAUACGAAGACGAUUAUGAUUACAGUGAAUAUGGAGAGUCAACGGAAUCGAUGAAUGCAAACGGUCAAUAUACGGUGCCGUUGAGUUUGGGUUUUAGUGGUGAUAAUCGUAUACCACAACAAACGCAACAAACCACGUUCCCAAAUUUGAAUAGAGUUGUUAAGGAUGAUUCACAUGUGUCGCCGAUCGUGCCAUCCACCACCGUCGCCGCUACGGCAGCGCCGACCACAGAGGGCUCAACGACAGCGGCUACCACUACGACAACGACUAGCACCACGACUAUCACUGUAGCCACCAGUACCAGCACCACUUCGGCUGAUACAGACAAUCGAGAGGUGAACCAGCCCUUUCGUGCAUCGACCACUGGCAUUGAUUUGGGUUCCGAAGGCGUUAAUGUCGAAUCGAAACUCAAUCCGAUUGCCAGUGUUUCCACCACAUCGGGUACUGCUCCGUCGAGUACAACCGCGUAUACCGUUGAUACCACUUCCAGUCAAAGCUCAAGCACACACAACAACCAAGUUCAUGGACAAAAUUCGAAUCCAUCCGAAUCAUCUAUGGCAACGAUCACUUUCGAAAGCUUAAUCGAUGAAAAUCCAAGUUCGAUGCAGGUAUCCAGCUCAAUUCGUAGCGUUUCAAGUACGGAAAUCCCUGAUGCAUCAACUGAGAACGCAUCAUCGUCGGUUAAGAGCUUUUUGAUUGAAGACGAUAAUGCAUCCAGCACGGAACAAAUCGAAACCGUCACUUCAUCGGUGGACUCAAGUGAAAGAUUUGAGAAAAAUACCGAUGCAGGCGUAUCAUUGACACCAACAGUAGAAAAUGUUGAAGCACCUGAAACCAAUUCAAUGGCAUCUUCCACCGAAAGUCAGGAAACCGAACUCACCGGGCAAUCGUCAAAUGUUGAGGCAGAAUCUACUCAAGCAACGACAAAAACAUCUAUUGAAACGCAAGAUAAAUUGAAUUUACCGGUGUCAUCCGCUAGCGAAACACAACCAAAAAUCACCCCAAACACCGAUAAUGCUCAAUUAAUUGAACAGAAACCAAAUCAACACGUAAUAUUUGAUGAGGAAUUCGAGCACAAAUCCAUUACCGAACCAUCGGUGAAAUCGAUGAAUUUGAAAUUGGCACCAGAACUGUCAACGGAACAACCUGACAUCAAAUUAGUAACUGAAAGUUCGACUAUUCCGGUUCCGACACAAAAACCCAUUGAAUCAAGUAGUACGACAUCAGACGAAGGACUCUUGCCCGAAAAAAAUGACUCAUUUGAAGUGGUCGAUGCCUAUUUCAUACCAUCACCUGAAACACCCGAAGAAAUCGAUCCGGCCGUUGGUAAAAAUAUAAAUGUCAGCAUUGUUGAGCCACGUUAUCGAAUGGAAAAUGCGUCGGUCAUCUCUGACGAUGAAUUACCUGAGGCGGAACUUGCGCCCGUCAUUGACACCGGAAUCGAUGGACGUUUGAACAUUGAUGAAUUGGUUAAAUCAUCGGAUGGGUCGAUUCGUGCACAAUUUGAAGAUGAGAAAAAGAACUUGAGUACACGAUUGGCUGAAGAGUUACUGUUUCAAGGGCCAAGCGUUGAGUUUAAUGAUAGAGACAGUGUGCCAACAAAACCAGUGCGACAGUUUAAUGUACCGGUGGUAAAGAGUGAAUCGGCCGAGUCGAUUGGUAAAAAUUUUGACUUUGAGGAGGCAUUGAGCGGUGGUGUUCCAAUCGGAAGUGGCGCCAAUUUGGGCAGCGAUUCAACAACCGAAGAACCGCUUGACUACGAUUCGAUAAGAUCCCAAACGGCGAGCAUCAGCCCAGAGAUUGUACGGAAUGUUGACUAUGAGGGGCCAUUGCCAGUAAAAGAAGCGGUGCCAUUUAACAGAGAACCAGUUUCAUUCAGAAGUGAACAGCACUUCUUCCAACAGCAGCCACCACUACCACCACUACCACCACCGCAUGCACAACCAUCAAUAUAUUCAACAUUCAUCAGUCGCCUGAAAGUGGCUCCACCAUUCGUUGAGUUGCACGAUCAACAUCCAGAAACCGUGCAAUAUUCGCAUACGCCAUUCGAUAUUGCGUCAUCCUUCCAGAACGUCAGCCCCAAUCGAAGAUUUGGUACCUUCGACGCCGCAUCCGCUUCUGUGACCACACAUCCAACAUUCACCCUGCCCGAUGCAGAUCGAAGCCUUGAAGUCGAUCAGCCAACACCCGUUCGUGCCAAAUCACUACAAAUCGGCAUCAAUUGCUAUGUGAAAAAUCUCGACAAACAACAGUACAUCAUUUGUGACGAUGCAUAAAAACAAAAUCGGUUUCCAUUUUUUCUUGUCACAACAACAGAAAAAUACAAAAAUAAAAACAAAAUUCUCACAAAUUCCCGAAGAGUCACAAAUGUUUGUACCACGCACGAGCAGCAAACGUUAUCCAGAAGAGAAUAGAAAAAAAACAACCAACCCAGAAUGCCAAGCAAACGUUGUGCUGUGUGGUGUAUUUGUAUAAAUCAUCAGCGAGCGAAACAAGAAAGAAGAACAAUACGUAAUAUGCCUGAGUUCCUGUUUGUUUGUUGUCAAUGCGCGAACGUGUGUGUUGGUCGUAAGACACGGGGCUGCAACGAAUCUAUUUCCUCUUUAUACUAUUUGCUUUUUUUUGUAUAAUUUGCCAAAAUGUCCAUUGACAACACACUCGAGAGAAGAAAACAAAUGAUAAGGAAAUUAAUAUGUGCGAUUGCAAAAGAUGAGCAAUUACAAAAAAAAAAUAUAUUAGAUAUAUUUAUUAGUGAAGGUAGAUGCGAUGAGGAUAUAGUGUUAAUAAUUAGAGUCUGAACAAAGCCAAUUCAAAUGCCAACGGUAUUACUAUGGACUUUUAUUUCAUUGAAAUGUAAAUGUGGCGUCUCAACAAAUGGCGUACAAUCCUCCAGAGACAACAAUAGAAAGAGGUAAACACAUGAGAAUCUCAUACAAGAAAAAAAAAUGCCACAGACUCUUGAGCUAAACGAAUUUUUUUUUUUGUGUAACAACAAACUAAAACGCCAAAUUUCACACACACAAAAAAAAGCGAAGGAAAUUGUAAUGAACGAUCAAAAGUGUGAACAAAAUGAAGGAAACGAAGUAGAAAAGAAAAACGAAGCAUCCAUUCAAUUCAAUUCAAGCAAUAUUUAUGUCUUCAAUUUUUACUGUAGUGCUUUAUAUCUGUAUGUAUAUUUAUCUUUGUAUUGUAUAGAAACUACUAAAAUGCAAUAUCGAAUAUUUCGAUUUUUUCAAAUACUAA